CUCGCCAUUUGGCACGAGUCAACUGAGCUCCCGGAGCUACUUCCAUUUCAUAAGCCAGCCGCCGACGGCAAACACUCCCGGCCGAGGUGCAGCGAUGGAGCCGGGCGAGCUUGCACCCCGACCUUGGCCGUCCGUCGGCUCCGGAUCCGCCGACGGCCGCGGCGGCUGGUGCGCCGCACGCUUCCUCCUCGCGAUCUCGUUCUUGGAGCUUGUCGGGUUCUGCGGCGUGCAGAGCAACCUGAUCAUGUACCUGACCGGCCACCUCGGCAUGUCCACGGCGGCCGCCGCCGCAAGCGCUAACGCGUGGACCGGAACCGAGAUGGUGCUGCCACUCGCCGGCGCGCUGAUCGCCGACUCGCGGCUCGGUCGGUAUCGGGCGGUCCUCGUCGCCGGCGUGCUCUAUCUUCUGAGCUUGGGAAUGCUUACGGUCUCAUCCACGCUGCGAGCCCCGGAACCUCGCGCGGCGAGCUCGCCGUCCUUCGCCCAGCUCGCCUUCUUUUACGUCGCGCUCUACCUGCUGGCGGUGGCGCGAGGCUUCCACAGGCCGUGCGCGGAAGCCCUCGGUGCUGACCAGUUCACGCCGAGCGACGGCGAAGACCCCAGCUCCUUCGCGUCCCGGAGCUCCUACUUCAACUGGUUCCACUUCUCCCUCUCCUGUGGCUACGGCCUCGCGACAACCGGGCUGACCUACGUCGAGGACAACGUCAGCUGGACCGUCGGGUUCGGCGCGUGCUGGGCCAUGAUGGUGCUGUACCUCGCCGUCUUCUUGCUCGGCACGCCCACGUACCGAGCGGAGCGACACGUCGGCGACGUCCGGUUCGUCGAGGCCGUGCGGGCGUGGGCGGCGAGGGUGUUCCGUCGCAAGGACGCCGCCGGCACUGAACGGCUUCUAGCAGGGGAACCUGAGGACGGCAAAGGAAAAGGAUUCGUCGCUAAGCUGCUGCCGAUAUGGGCGACGAGCCUGAUCUUCGCUGCCAUCCUUGCUCAGGUCUCCACUCUGUUCACCAAGCAGGGCAGCACGCUGGACCGGCUCCUCGGCAUGGGCACAGGCAUCGUCGUGCCGCCCGCGGCGCUGCAGUUCUUCCUCAGCUUCAGCAUGGUCACCACGCUCCCGAUCUACGACCGCCUGUUCGUGCCCUUCGCGAGGCGCGUCACGGGGCACCACGCGGGCCUCACGACGCUCCAGCGCAUCGGCGCCGGGAUGGCCACCGCCGGCGUCGCCAUGGUCGUCGCGGCGCUGGUUGAAGCCAGGCGGCUCCGCGUCGCCAGGGAGGCGGGUCUGGUGGACAAACCGGACGCGGCGUUGCCGAUGAGCCUGUGGUGGAUGUUGCCCCAGUACGUCCUGCUCGGUGUGGCGAUCGUGCUGGGGGAGAUUGGACUCCAGGAGUUCUUCUACGACCAGGUCCCCGACGCUCUCCGCAGCGUCGGGCUCGCGCUGUGCAUGAGCAUCUUUGGCGUGGGGAACUAUGUCAGCGGCAUGCUCGUGUCCGCGACCGAUUGGGCGACGAGGAGCACGGGCGAGAGCUGGUUCUCCGACGACCUCAAUCGGGCGCACCUCGACUACUUCUACUGGCUCCUUGCGGGGCUCGCGGCUCUAGAGGUCGCUCUGUUCUUGCAUCUCGCAAACAGAUACGUCUAUAGGAGCAAAGACGAGCUAUGAUGUUUGAAACUACGAGGGAAUCAGUACUUCCAACUUCAAGUACUGACUUUCUUUCAUUUUCAAAUUUUGCAGCUACACCUUUCCGUUUCAAAUCUGAACUCUUGUUGCGCCCAUACUCUGUUCAGGGCAUUUAACGGUGUUAAGUCAUCAUUAAAAAAAUGUUUUGCCCU